UUUUUUUGUUAAUUGGCUCAUGCAGUCAAUAGUGUCAGAUUUAGAAAUAAGUAAAAAAGAGCAAAGAACGUCUAUAAAAAAGAAAUGGCGCAGUCUUGUCUUUUUUCUUUUCUUUCUUCCUUUUACUUAUCAUCUACUCUACUCUUUCAAUCAAAAGCUACGCUACCUUAAGGCCUCAAGACCACUUUUGCUCUACUACAAGACCUACUCUACCUUACUUUACUCUUCUACUCUCUUGGCCUCGUAUGCAAAUCUACUAGCCUCUUCUCAUCCAUCAAGGAGGGAACCACUUGUUUCCGUACAGUGAUGUUCCAAAUGCCCUCUUCUUGUCG